AUCAUGGCUUUGAAAAUGUCCGCUGCUGCGAUGGCCGUGAUGUUGGUGAUAUCAGUCCAUAUCUGCCAUGGAAAAACUCCAGUGACAUAUGCUUUUCCAAUUGAUACAUGUGUCUCUGAUCCAUAUCUUGUUGAUGAAACUAGCAUGGCUAUCAUGAAGUUUGACGGUGAUUUUGGCAGCCGGGAAUGUAGACAAAUAUCAUUCAUAACUCCAAAAUAUGCUUUCUAUUCAUAUACCAUGUGCAUGAAAGAACUUUACUACAGUAGCCCAAAGUGUCAGAGUAAAGUUAACUUCAAGUGGUAUUGGUCUGACUACAACGACUUUGAUUAUCAUUAUGAUGAGAUACUAGGAGAAGACUGUUCAGGCAACUCAUAUAGGAGAAUAUUUUCACGAUGUUUAACCGAUGUUAAUCAUGUUUCGUUUGAAUUAAAAAAAUCAAAACGUGAGAAUAAUGGUUAUAACAGAUAUGAUGACAGAAAACAACAGGAAUUGAUUCCAGACAAACUAAAUGAUACUUUUAGUAUUCAAAUUGAAACAAAAUGGGAAUACAAUUAUGGCUUGAUUGGUGGAAUAGCAGGUGGAAUCGUUGGUAUGUUUGUCCUCACAGCAGUAGGAAUUUAUUUGUGUGUCAACUGUCGCCGUAGGAAACGGCUGACAGGAAGAUACUGUUGUGCAUGUCCCACAUACAGACCCAAAUGCUCGAAGUUAAUGACAGAAGGAUUAGCCCAAGGUUUCUCAGCAGAAUGUGCUGUAGCUGGUAUAUUGAUGUGUUCCUGCGUACUAUGUAGACGACAAACACGUAAUGGACAAGAGGAAGAUAAAUGUGAAAAAGUUACUAUGGGAAUUGAUUACACCUCGUCUGAUGCAGAGGAUAAAUGGGAAACCGUAAAGGGCUUGCAAGAUCCAGACACAGUUCCUCUUAUUCAGUGUGACAACUAAAGUGGCAGACGACAUAUGAAGAUCAGGACAAAAAACAUGAAUUGACUGCAAAUAGAAAACAUUAUUUUUUCCAUAAUGUAAUUAAUAUAUAAAUGAA